AGAGAGUGCGGACUACUCCGUCUCGGUUUGCCGCGAGCAAGUCGCAACCAGUAAGGAGAAGGACGCUCACGAGUCGAACUCGUUCGUUAGAUGCCUGAGUAAGUGGGAGAGAGAGAGAGAGAGAGAAGCUGCACAACUGGAAUGAGAGGGCGAGACUUGGGAGUAUUCUUCUUCGUCUUCUCCUCGAUCUCUGUCGGGGAUUGUGGCCGUGAGUCCCCGCCAGUUGUCCGAUGUAAUACUCGCGAGUGUACGUCCCGGCGUCUUGAACAUGACCAUUGAAGGGGCAGCAGUCGAGAUUGAAGUUGUAAAAUCAGCAGACAACAAUUUGCUGCGUGCGGUGUGGUUAUGUUUUCAUGGAGGUGAAUCGUGAAUUUGCCAAGAGUGACCAAAUGCCAAGGAAUGGGUCACAUAUGUGAUUGGGAUGCAUGAAUCUUGAGUCGGAGUGUCGUCGGCUAGAGCCGAGGCCAAAUAUCCCCAUGUCUCCAGUGUAACUUAGCCUUCUCCCACCAUCAUUGUCUGCUUCCUCAACAACCUCAUCCCCCACUUUGACGCCAGUGGAAACUCGAAAGUGUAGUGUCUCGGCUCAAAACAGGUGAAUGGUGCCAGUAUUCAAUGCAAAUUGAUGUGAAAGCACAUUGCCACACCUCACACACUGUAAGGCUGAUCCAAUUUGUGCCUCUCUUCUCCAAUGUUCGUAUAUGUGAAUGGCCCCAUUGUGCCUCCCAGUGCUUUUUCUCUGCAACCCUUGUAACCCUAUCAGACACCAUUGCUACGACCAAUGCCAAAGCUGUGGUUGCACCUCGUGUAACUGUCUUAUGCUAUGACAGACACCCAUUCCAGUUCAGGUCCAGCCUCGACCACGAACUCCCUGCCCACGUCUGGUGCCACCAUGAGUGGGGGUUCCGCCCCCACCCACAGAAUCAAGAAACUUUUAGACUCGUUCAUGGGCUCAGCUAGCCACUCUCUCACGGGUCCGGCGGCUCACUCCGACCUUGAGGAACCGCCUUACAAAAGAAUGGCUUACAAACUUCCACCUGAUGUCGAGUUAAGCAAAACCUCGUCCUUGGACGAGGACGACAAUGAGAAAGAUCUUAAAGUGAAAGCCUCGCCUGGACCCAUUAAAAAUGUCGAUCUGGCAGACCGGAUAGGCAAUGGUCUUGUAACUUUAUCAAGGAUAGAUGAUCAUGCCUCGAAUAAUCACCACCGACACCCCGAAAAAUCACCAUCCGGAAUGGGCAACCACGUCGGUUCCAGGCACAGUCUACCCAGUGUGGAACCUCAGAGACCUCGGAUGUUAAUGGGACAGCACCAAUUACCUGUAGCCAAUCAUGAUCGAGGUCGCUAUGUUCAAGCCAAUGAUCUGUAUUCUCCCGGCUCUAAUCGACACCUGAGUGGCGAAGCAAUUAGAAGAUUAGGUCAAAGCAAAGAGCAACAACAACCUUCAAGCAACCACUAUCAGGGUCCAUUGUCAGCGGUUGAUAACCGGCUCCUACCCGCACAGGACAAACUGCGAUUAGGUGCCACCAGAGGCGGUCCUACCACUGCCAAUACUGCGACGCAGUCUUUUAAGCGCCCUAUCAAUGGCAUUGCUACUGAUCCUAAUGCCAUGCCCCCAUCCGUCACAGUUCCGGUCCUUUCUACCCGGGACCGUGGUCAAAGUGAGCUCACAGACACCACCCUCAAUGGAGAAAAGAUCAGCUGUUUUUCAGUGGGUGGUGAAUUCCGGCUCUGUUUGCCUCAGAUCUUGAAUACCGUUCUGGACUCGGAGCCGUUGCAACGGAUCCACCAAGCUUGUGACGAGCUGCAGAUAUAUUGCUCCACGUGCUCCCCUGACCAAUUGGACACUCUGAAACGACUCAAGAUCCUACCCAUUUCAGCCUAUCAGUGCGGCUUGAUAACAAAAAGUGACGCCGAAAGGCUUUGUGCCACCUUGUUGGAGCGGAACCCACCACGUGCUAGUCUGACAGGAUUCAAUGCCAAGGCAUCUCCUUUCUCCUUCAAGGUGGAACAUUCGUGCUUUGGAAAGUGCAUCGGGAUUCUGCUACCGGAGGCUUGCACCAGUGCCAAUGCACGAUGCAUUGAAUGCCUCGAAUGCGAGGGUCUCUUUUCGCCCCCAAAGUUUGUUUGCCACUCGCAUCUCAAUGCCGAGAACCGGACCUGCCAUUGGGGGUUUGAUUCGGCCAACUGGCGGUCCUACCUUCAUUUGUACGAAGGAUACGUGGAACCGGAGCGAGAGCGUCUACAGAGGCGAUUCAGUGACUUCAAGAGCAAGUUCGCCAACUUGGCCACCAACAACCCGAAUUGCGCUAUCAUGAACGUUGUGCCCAAACGUAAAAUGAGCGAUGAUCAUAUUCCCACUGGAAGGAUUGCACACCCUUCUGCCGCGUUGCAAGCUGCAUCUCAAAUGGCCUCUAUGACCGGAGGAGUACCCUUAAAAAAGGCUCGCCAUUCCAUGGACUCUAGUGAUCUUCCACCUCAGAGUGCCGCUCCAAGUGCCUUUCCGGUGGGGUCGUUGCCACCAGGGGCAGAUCCUGUGGCCUAUUACUAUAGUAUGGUCGCGAGCAAGGGCCAGAUUCAUCCGGCAGCGGCAGCUUGGGCGGCCAAUAUGGCAGCUAUUAAGGAAGGAAAGACGCCACCUUUCCCCAACUUCCCUCCAGGUUCAGUCCCUGUGGGCGGAGGAGCAUCAUUAGGGUACGGGUCCCAGAUGCGAGCCGCCAAUAAUCCAAUGAUCCGAAGGUCAAGCAGUUCACCCACACCCCCAAUGACUGGGAGAUCCUCAUCUCUGAAAUCUAGUCCUGCCUCCUCUCAAGUGGAUAGUCCGGGUGAGCAACGGACAUCAUCUGCCUUUGGGCACAACUUGGGUGGAAAUCCGCGUCAGUCUCCGUUGGUAGUUUCAACUCCACCAUCGACAUUGGCCCAUUUCAAUCGAGGUGAAAAUACACCAACAUUAGCCCAUGGUGCUCCAAGGAAUAAGAUAUCCUUGGCAGAGGAUAUUCAAACCAUUCGAGACGCCUUGGACGGAGCCUCAUCUCAAGCUAGGGAAAGAACGUUAAAGAUCCUGGAAAGACUGACUGCACGGCUAGCCUUGGCUGAGUCCGAACGAGAUCGAGCCAUUUCUGAUCUGAGCAGUUUUCAAAAGAAGUUUCGAGUGCUAGAGGAUGAGCUCAUGAAAAAAAGAGAAGAACUGCGAGAACUGCUUCGCCAAGAAGGUCUGUCACAUCGGUCAGCUGUCACACUAGAGCUCCUCACGGAGUCGGCAGAGCUCCGUGGGAGCGUAGGUGGGUCAAGGAGUGACCGAGGAGGAGUGCCAAGCAACCCCGAGGAUCUAGUUAGUCCAACCUCGAAGAAAACAUUCUCUUCUUUGCCCAAAAUCGAGAUGAAAAGCCCUGCUCGUGUAAUAGAGGAGAAGGAACAACGCUAUUCUAACUGCGUCAGCCGGAGUUCCACUCGAAGCUCUCAAGGAGGGGCUCCUGACACCCCAAUUGGGUCUGAAGGAUUUCCUCCGCCAUCAAGCACUCCAUCGAGUGUGGUUCGAGCAUCGUCGGCUGGGCUAAUAGGAUCCACGGAGCGAGAAACCAAUGAGUUGGCACAGAAUCCUACCCCAGAAACAAAUCAGAGGCAUCGGUCAGGGACACCCGUCAGCACAAAAUCAAAGGAUUCGGAAGAUCUUAGGGAUCGGAUGAUGACCAUGGAGGCUGAACUGAGAGCCCUUCGGGAAGAACUCUCAACCCGGACGUUACCGAAAAAGAAGCCUGUGCCCAUGAGCACUCUGCCAACACAUGGUGGAGACUCAGAUUCAAAAACCAAACUCGAUAAUGGUCCAUGUCAAAAAGCUAGCGAGAAUCAUGAGAACGACGAGAAAGUCGCCAACAUGAAGAAUCCAAUUAAGACUAAGGCCGCUUCGACAACGGAAUAAUUAUUGAACGUGCAUUUUGGGCCUCAACCUUGACCACUUCACUUCGCCACAACAAUAAGUAAGGGGCCCAACCAAGAGGGCCUUUUAAGCAACUUGAAAAGACUGAAUUUUUCCCCUCUCGUAUAUAUUCCCCACCCUAUAGUAGGCCUCUCUGACUUUCACUCUUCCUCUCGCUUUCCUCAGUUUUCAGAAUUUAAAGAUCCACAAACCAGAGCAAAGGAAUACUUCCAUAAAAUACUUACAUACAUGCAGAGAUGAAGAUGAAAAUAGCUUUUAAAGUUCAAAGCAACUGAGUUUCCCUUUCUUCCACAACCGCCACGUGAACGACACAGUACGUAAAAAUAGAACAAAGUAAUAUUUUAGCAGAAAAAAUCUCAUCCCCAUAAGUCCUACCCACUCAAUAGCUCGAACUCCCCCAAAGAAGCCAUUGUCAGCUAUUCUUAUUGAGGAAAACCACAAAACCAGUUCCAUAGAUAUAUUCUGAAAUGCUAGAUUGUCGUCUACGUCAAAGAUACGGGUAUAGUUGAAGCCACACUUCAGCUACAUUUUUAAACGAAAAUUGCCAACCUUUCAUGACCAGUAAUGCCCAAAGGCGCCCCAUUUGUUAGUCAAAAAACCCUGUUCAAGUAAUGAUAGCCUCACAAAGCCAGUCAAUGGUCACUUUCUGACACUGCCUUCAAACCAUAGUCUUCAAUAGACUGAAAAUGCUCCAGCAAGACCCCGACAACCACAACAUAUGUACCUAGAUGAAUUGGGCGGCUGUUGGCUAUGACUGGUCUUGAAAAGGUUGACUCACUAUUUCGAAUGGCAACACUGAUUUGCUGUUCACUUUUGUCAGCUGAUAUUGAAGUGUUUCUUGGUCUUGAAUGAUCCCGUUUAAACACACAUACCUUACAUCUGAGAUUUAAAAUCUCCAUAAAUUUUAUUGUAAAUAAAAUAAGCCGGACUAUCCUCCACACACCUUUAUAUAAAUAUGACACCACAUGUAUGAACUACUCGCAGGCAUGCUACAACAAUCUGAUUUAGUUUCAAUCUAAAUGUGUGUCCAUCAUGUGUUACAAUCCUCAAAAAAUGUAUUUAGAAGGCAACAUUCGAGGAUUGUCUACCAAGCGUUCUUUCCUUGGGAGUGGGAUUAAUAAUACUUGAUGUGUUGUGUCCAUUGUGAAAAAGCACCAACAUUUUUGGAUUUGUUUUCAAUGGCACACAUUGUUCUUUUCUGUAACCUUGUUGUUACGUCAAAUCGUCUAAUUAUUAUUAUUAUUAUCAUCUUUAUUAUUGCUAUUAUCAUUUAAACGCUCCUUCUCCAGGAUGAAGACAAUAAAGAUUAUCUCGCAAA